AUGGAAUCUGAAGAAGAAAACAUUUAUUUAGAUGAAAAUUAUAUUAUUGAAAAUAAUAUUUCUGAAAUUAUUGAUGAUGAUAUUUCAGAUAAUAUUAGUUCUAAUCAAGAAAAAGAUGAAAUUGACUCUAAUGAAGAUAAUAUUAGUGAAAAUGAAACUAAUAUUAGUCAAGAAAAUGAAGAAAAUAAUAUAGAAACAGAUGAUAAACCAAAUUUUAGAUCUAUUGUUCAUCAACAUUUUACUUUAGAUAAAAAAAUUAAAAAAUAUAAAUGUAAUUAUUGCAGUCAAAAAUAUAAAAUACCAGAAGAUAAAUCAACAUCUACUUUAAAAAGACAUCUUGAAAAAAAACAUAAAAAUAUAAUGACAACUGAAAAAAUUAUAGGAGCAAUGGAUAAAUUUGUUAAAAAAGAAGAAUUGAAAAUUGUAAAAAUUCCUUCAGCAGAUACUAUUUCUAACAAAAUUAUUAAACUUUAUAAUGAUGAACAACUUAAUUUGCAAAAAAAAUUACAAGAAAUACCAGGCAAAAUUUCAUAUACUCUUGAUACUUGGACUUCUAAAAACCAAAAAUCUUUUAUUGGAAUAACAGCACAUUGGAUUUCAGAAGAUUGGAAACUUCAACAAUGUACUAUUGAAUUUUGUCAUUUUGAAGGUUCUCAUUCAGGCAAAAAUUUAGCUGAA